ACCGCCGUCUUCCUCCUCCCCGCUCCCCUCCUCGCAGCCCACCCCUCGCCCUGUGUGCACUCAACAUGGCAGCAGACAAGCAGAGGAGGGUGGUGAGCUAGAAAACAUUAGAGAGAGAAAGGGAGAGAGAGCGAGGGACAGGGAGAGAGAGAGAGAUGCAGGCAGGCAGAUUGCCGCUAUCAGGGAAUACUGGUGCCAUUUUCAGCAUUGCAGGGUAAAAGGAUUGAGCCUCGCUGCUGUAAGCUUGGCUCAGCUCGGCUCAGCUCAGCUCGCCUCUGCUCACAACAGCUGUGUGAGAGUGGGACUGGAGGGACGACGGAGCGAGGAGAGAACGGCUUACACCUAACACAGAACCCCUAACCCCCCCUCCCCCUUCCCCCUUUCCCAUCUCACCUCACCUCCCCCUUCCUGCUCUGGCUACAGAAGGAGAGAAUGAUGCAGUCCUUCCGUGAACGCAGCAGUGGUUACCACAGCAACCAACCCUGCUACCAGCAGGAGCCCAAUGAAUUAUCCCGACUGGAAACCUUCCGGCAACAUCCACAUCAUCCUCACCCUCAGCACCCACACCCGGGCCCUGGUCCACAUCCAGGUCCAGGCCCAGGACACACCAGGUCAGGCUAUGAAAUUCAUUCACUAGCAAACUCGACAAGCAUGCCUCCAGGUGGAGGACAAGGAACUGGAGGAGGACCCAAGGACUGUUACAGCCAGCAAACAUAUGCUGGGUACCCAGGCAAUGGUGGAGGCAAUGGUAAUGGCAAUGGGGGUUCAGCAUCUUCACAGGCGAAAAAACCUUACAGAGGAAGCAAAGUGCCCCCACCAAAUCCCAGUCAGCACUUGCAGGGCCCUGGGAGUUAUGGUAACCAUAUGGGCUCUGGGAAUUAUUCAGCUCAGUAUAUAAGUGAAGGCCAACUGCAACAGAAGUGGGAGGACCCAACCCAAAUAGCUCAGUAUGACCAAGAGAUGCUGGGGCGCUUGGAAAGUGGUGGUACCCCUGCACCUGGCCCCUCCCAGUACAUGGACCAGAACAUCCUGGGCCAGUCCCAGACCCAGUGCCACCAACCAUCCGCUCCUGCCUAUACCAGCCCCCACCAUCAGUCCCAUCCUCCUAACCCUGCUUCCUCCACUCUCAUGUACCCUCAAAGUCAUCUACACUACCCUCAACACUCACCUUCUCCUUCGCCUUCACCAUAUAUGGAAAAGUGUAGCCCUAUGCCUCAUUGUUAUAAAGGUUACAACAUGCCUCCAAAUUCCCAGUAUGGCAGACAAAUGGCCAGCCACAGCAAUCUGAAGCAGGGGGGUUACAGGUUGGCCCAGAAUAGUUAUGGAUACCAGCAACCUUCCUCUAGAGGUUAUGAGCAGCAGGCUCCUUUACAGGCAAUGGCAAACCCCCAGGAGCCCCACACUAAAUAUCAGCACUACAGCCAACCCCAACAAAACUACUGUCUCUCAGAGCUGUCUGUCAGAUCACCAGAACAGUAUUACCAGACUUGUAGCCCCUCUUCAAGCCACUCCCCUGCUCGAUCUGUAGGGCGUUCCCCCUCAUACAGUUCCACCCCAUCACCACUAAUGACCAACCCAGAAUCAUUCCAGUAUGGCCAACCUCCAAUGACUCCUGGGGCAGCUUCCUCCUCUUCGUCCUCUUCAGCUGGUAUCCAGGAGCAAACCAGUGCCAACACCAUGUUAAUGCCCCCACGCUCACACCCCUCACCCAAUGUUCUGCAUGCAGCCACGCACAACUACACUCCCACACCACAAAUCCCCACCAUGAAGGAGCGCUUCUCAGAGAAACUACUUUCAAACCCCAGUUUGUGGAGCCUGAAUGCCCUCACUUCUCAGGUAGAAAACAUUUCUAAUAAUGUCCAGCAGCUGCUGCUUUCAGAGGCCCUGGUAGCCAAUAAGAAGGGCAGCAAGCGCAACAGUGGUGGGAGCAACAGUAGUGCUGGGAGUGGAGCAUCCUCCAAAAAGGGUGAGGAGUACAAAAGUCCUCCAUAUCCAGACGGUGGUGGUGGAGGCCCAAUGCAGGACCCUUAUUCUACCCCACAGCACCAGGUAAUGCCAAUGGAACUUCAUGAAGGAGGCUACUCCAGCAGUAGUGAUGAACAGCUGGAGAGGAGUUACUUCUACUGUGGACAGGGCCGAAGUCCAGCGCAGGCCCCUAACAACGCGCACCUCAGCUUGGACACAACCUCAUCAUGUUCCAUGACAUCUCCAGAUGAUGUGUCAACCAGGUCUGGGGACUCCGGUCUGCAUAACCUUACCCCUGAUCAAACUAGGUGUCAGUCAGGGCAGGGAGGAGAUGGCAUGAGUACUCCAGUAAAGAGCAUUGGUGAUGAGAGGUCUCCUACAAGCAAUACAAUCCCAAGUCCAAUGAAACAAGAACUGGACUCCCCUUCAGCUAUACAAAAUGACGAGUCUAUCAAAGAGAACUUUGAAGAAUCUGCCUGGACAGAGAAAUCAGCAGACAAAGAGGAGGUGACAGCAGAAAAAAUGUCUGAUCAUGACAGAGAUUUAGACACUACGACAUCAACAGAGAAGCUGGAGAAAUGGAUAAAUAAAGAUAAAUGUUCUAUGCUCUAUAGCAGUGUAAACACAGAGGUGACAGAAACAGCAUACCAUGGGGUUCAGAGCAAAUAUGAACCUGAUUCAAGAGACUUAGUUGAUCAGUCCCCUGCAGCUCUGUCUGAUUCCAGCCGCAAGGAAAACUUUGUCCCAGAGAUAAAAUUAGAGGCAUUCAAAUCUGAGUCUCCAACUGCUUCUGAGACGUCGGUUAAGACAUUGCCUUUCAUUUCUGGUGGUGACCUUGAACAGGAUCAAUAUUUCACAGAGAAAGAAGAUAGCUCAGAGAACACCUCUCCAACCCCCCAAGUUGAGGCCUUGGAUGAGAGUAAUUCAGACAAAAGAGAGAGCAGAGAUGAGGACGAUGAAGAGGAAGGGGAGGAGGAUAUUGAGGCUGAUGAUGAAGAAGAAAUACAGAAAGAACAACAACUCUCUCUUUCCCCUCCUCUGUCUGCAGAGGUUGUGGAGGAGCUGGGGGAGGGGAAUAAAAUGAGCAAGUCAAUGACGCAGGGGCACAUGAAUAAUAGAGAUGGGUCAGAGAAGCCUCAUGGAGAUCUCUGCAGCAGGAAUGAGAGCAUUGAGCCUCAUUCUGACAAUGAUUUUGUGGGAGCACCUGCCCAUCCAAAUGCAGCGGCAGUGAUGGCAGCAGCAGAUGCUUCUUCAAGAGAGUCAGCGAUUGGUGACACUGCUCCUCAGCCCCAGUCUGCUAUGCCAGUCUUCUCAGCCCUCAAUGACAAGGUGACACCACAAGCUCAGGCCAGAGAUCAUAUUGAUCACAAUGAUGCUAAAGUGCUUGAGCCCGAUUCGCCACAGCUUCCAGGGAAGUCAAUACUUCCCUCCGCUCCCUCCUGGGCAGACACUCCACCCUCUCCGAAAAAAGGUGAUGAGGACAUGGAGCCAGGCAUCAGCUGUGCCAGUGCUGUGACCCCCUUGGCAAAGCCAGAGCCCGAGGCACCAUCUGCUCAGCCCAGGGCAUUUGGACGAAAGCAUGCCAGGGGCAGAAGAAGAAUCAUGCAUUCAGGUGUGGGAGUCAGGCGACAGCUAAGCUUGGAGACAGAGGUGGAGAAGGAGGAAGAAGGAGCCCCCUCGCCGACACAGAAAUCAUCCAUGCCUCCAUGCAAAACUGUGCUCUACUCAGAUCAAAUGGACUUAGCUCAUCACGGAUCUAUUGUGAGCCAGACUCCCAAAAUAGUAACUGAUGGUUUUCGUUCAAGAAUGUGCACUCGCUCAUUCAAUGCACCAGAUUUGCCAUCCAAAGUUGAGCCUCAUGUUAAGCGAAAACCAGGCCCAAAACCAGGUCCAAAGCCUGGGUCAAAACCAGGGCCAAAACCUGGACAAAAACCAGGACAAAAACCAGUUGCAAAGCCUGGUCCAAAACCAGGGCUUAAACCUGGGCUUAAGGCUGGACCAAAGCCUGGGCCAAAACCUGGACCUAAACUAGGUCCCAAACCAGGGCCAAAGCCUGUGCCAAAUGAAGAGGACCUGCCACCGAAAAUUGAGACUCCUGUGAAACGAAAACCCGGACCGAAACCAGGCUUAAAACCUGGGCCAAAACCUGGACCGAAACCAAUUAUAAAGCCAGGUCCAAAAUCAGCACCUAAGCCUGGACCUAAACCUAUAGAUAUGUUGCCCACUACUGAUACUGCACUUAUUAAGGCUCCAGUAGGUCGUCCCAAAGGCUCAGUUUCGAAAAUGAAACAGGUACAACAUGAAGAAACCACUCAAAUUUUGACAGGACUGCAAAGCAGAGGCAAAAAGAGCUUAAAAGUUACAAUAUCGCAAGUAAAUCAGAAUGUGAAGGCAGUAAACCAGGAGGAGAAACAAGCAAACUGUGAGGUAAAGGAAUCAGAGAAGGAAAGUAAAAAUAUGGUCUUAAGAUCCAGAAAACCCUCGCAAGAAAAACUGUCAAAAGAAAAGGAAAAAGUCAAAGGAGAAGAUAUCCUAACCCAGACACUAACAGAAAUGAAAUCUAGUGAUGUUUGUCCAAAAGUAGAAGAGUUUUUUACUGUGGAACAAACACAUACUCCUCUUCUUAACACAGUCAAAGCCACAGAUGUUUCAGCAGACCGACCUGUGCCACUUGCCUCACCAGUCCCCAUUGAACAAUCUGAAGAAAACACAAAGCUCCCACUAAAACGGAAGCCUAGUCCUGAACUUACCACUCUACCAGUAAAGAAAAAGAGGGGUCCAAAGCCCAAAUCAAAACCUGUACGACUUCAGCCCCAGCUGUUGGAACAGGAUGUCUCUACACCUAAAGGAAAUGCUGUCCGUGGUCCUAGAAAAAAGCGUGGGCCACCCAAGAAAGCUUCUGUGGUCACUCCCUCAACCAAAGACACCCCUCCUAACUUGAGUGAAACUGACAUCACUAUUGAUGUGCCUGUGGUACCACCGCAGUGUCCGACUAAAACAAAAGUUCUCCCACCAAGAAAAGGCAGGGGACAGAAAUAUGAAGCCAUGGUACAGAAAAUUACAUCCCCAAGCUCAAAGAAACACAUUCCAAUUCCACAAACAGAGAGUCAUCUAACUGAUGAUGUUUCAACCAAGGCUUUGUCUCAACACACCUUAAAGGACAGUGAGACAACUGUACUUUUAAACAGCACUGAGAUGACAGAAGAAGUGAAAAGCAUAGAGUCCAGAGAAGAAGAAGCAAAACAACAGGAGAGAAAAGAGGAGACACAAGAAGACGGAAAGCAUGAGCUGAGUCAAGUAACAUCAACAUCAGAUGAGACGAGACGAGGGGUGGAAAAAGACAUUGUAAAUAAUGACGAUACAUAUACAAGACAGAAAAACUGUAAACUAGACAGACAACAUGACACUGGCAACGCUUGGAGCUGUGUCGAUGUCUCAGAUGAAGUCAGGGCUCCAGGAGAAUGUGUACCUCAUGGCUCAGAAGAUGUUUCCAGUGCUAUCACUAAGUCAUCCAGAACUAAAAGGAAGAGGUGGGCUAUGGUGGAGAGUACAGAUGCAUCUAUAGUAGCCUUGGAAGCAGGGAGCCUCAUAGUUACAACACCAAGGCUAGCCAAGCAGAGGGCCAUUAAAAACAACCAUGAGAUGCACCUAAAACAGAGGAGGAAGAAAAGAAAAGGCCAAGUUCCUCUAGAAGAAACAGGGCCAGUUGAAGAGACAAAUACUGAAACCACAGAACAACAACAGGAGAGUGUAGAAGAGAAGAUAUGUCUUACUGAGUCCACAUUACCGGUACCAAUCAGCCAAGAUGAGAUCCCAGAAAGCUUCAAUAUUCCCAGCACAGAUCUCCUCCAGAAGCCUAGGAGAGGCAGGAAACCAUCAGCGAUCCCAACCAAACGAAAAAGAGGCAAAUCCUCAUCUGAGCCGAUUCCUGGCAUGCCAGUGAAGGUCCACAAAAAGCCUGGGCCAAAACCUGGGAUGAAAGAUGCCAUGGAGGUUAUUGAGGCAGUUGUAAGGGCUGCAGGGUGUGAACAGGCUGAAAAAGAAGAGAGAGAAAAAGAGGAAACAGAACAGAUGGAAGGAGAAAAUGAGGAAAAACAGGAGACGUGUUAUGUUGGUCCGAUAGUAACGAUAACAGAGCAGCAGACUGAGACCAUUGCUGUAAAAAGAAUCAGGCGCAGACUGGUACAUCAAAAUUCUAAACUGUCUUUCUGUCCUUAUGUACGGAUCAACAACUCCAGAGAUUUUUCCUCUUGGUGUGCCAUAGUCAACAAGCCUGAGGACGCAGUAAUAUUUCAGAGACGAAGAAAAAAGGGCAUACUCAGAAUGAAGAACCCUUUCACAGUUGCAAAAAUAGUACCACAUACUGCUGCAAUGCUACAGGGACCCUUGGUGAAUAAAAACCUAAUUGGGAAGUGUCUUACAUGCUGCUUGUGUGGACAACCAGCAAAUUACAGAGACCUAGGUGAUUUGUGUGGACCCUACUACACAGAAGAUGGUGUUCCACGGAAGAUUUUGAUGUCAGAGCACACAAAAUCCCUCAGGGAAGAGUCAGAGAAGAGCAGUGAAGGUGAUGAAAAGCCAGGUGGCUCCUCAGAAAACAAUGGCGAGAGCAUCACAGAAAAGGAAGGCAACACAGAGGCACCCUCGCAAGAGGAAAGCAGUAGAAGGAAUCAUCACUGGCACUACUGGCGGCCAGAAAGACCAGAGAGAACGGGACGGGAGGGUGGUUCACGGAAAUUAACCCUGCGUGAGAGGUUCAGAAGGAUGAAGCAGCUUCAGGCCAUCAGCUCAAGAGCCUUGAGUGACCAAGAAGGAAGCGACAGCAUGUUCCAAAGGCUACAAGCAGAGGCAGAGGCGAAGGAGCACUGGGCCCAUGAAAACUGUGCCGUCUGGACCAAGGGGGUAAUUAUGGUAGCUGGGAGGCUUUAUGGACUGAAGGAGGCUGUGGACAACUCAACCCAAGCGAGCUGCUACAAGUGCCAGACUGUGGGGGCGUCCCUUAGCUGCUGUUGGAGAGGCUGCUCUCAUAAAUACCAUUAUGUCUGCGCCAAAGAGAUAGGCUGCACAUUCCAUGAGGAUGACUUCUCCAUCAAAUGUCCUAAACAUGAGGGCCUGUAAGAUAUUCCAGUGUAUCACAACACCUCCUCUCAGCCAGACAAGUACCAAGGCAAAAGGAAAAUGCUGUUCUGACAGCCACCUAUACCUAAAAAAUAGACAUGGUGAUGACUGAUCAUUGGCAGGCAUGUUGGGGCUGGAGGAAGGUAAAAGGCUGCGCCGAGGUGAAGCUCGGAGCAAUACAGCCCCUGGGAAAAAAAGCUCCACAGGGAAUGGCUACUCCCUGAACCCGGUCUGGAAACACAUUUUCUCCACUGAGAACCUCACUGGAAGGCAGUGGCGGUGUUUAACAGGACAGCUUGCGCUUUAGAGACUGUGUGCCUGUGGGGCCCAGGGCAAGGGGGGGGGGGGGCUGUUUGAAAUGCAGAGUGAGGAAUCUGUGUGUGUGUGUAUAUGUGUGUGUGUUCUGCCGUUUAAUGGCGUGCUAUCAUAUUGAGACACCUGGUGGACACCGAUUGGAUAACUGCAUCCCUCGAGCCACCUUGUCUGGCCAAGAGGCACAUCUGUGUGUGCAAGUGUGAUAAUCAUUAACUCGUCAUUCCACGGUCUCAUCAUCAGUGUGUGUCUGUGUGAGUGAGUGAGUGGAGAAGUGCAUCUCGUGCACAGGUACAUUCAAAAAUGUCCCACAUCUCAAAAAAAAAAGAAAAAGAGAGAA